CAGUCGUACAGUACGCGCUGCUUGCUGCUCCGAGCAAAUAAAUAGAUCGCCAACCUUUUGCAUACUUCUUUCAACUCUUUUCUAGUAGUGCUUUAACAAUGAAAACGUGUGCAGUGUGUAAUGUGAAAUUCAACGAUGGCGUUCAAUGUGGAAGCUGUAAAAAACACCUGGACUUUGAAUGUGCAAAUAUAUCCGAGGUUGGAUGGAGAAAGCUGGGUGCUACAAGGAUGGCACAGUGGAAGUGCUUAGCCUGUAAAACUUCGUCUCCAGCCGUACCAACUUCUGAUCAAGCUUCCCUUGAAACCAUCCUCAGUGAGAUACGGGACAUGAAACGCCAACUGAUUAAUUUGCCGACACUAAUCGAUGACAUCAAGGUUAUUAAGGAGGAGCUAUCCGAUCUGAAGUCGACAUGUGAGGGAACCAGUGGCAAACUUGAAGAAUUUGAUUUAAGAAUUGCUGAAGUCGAAAAUAAAGUCUCAGAGAUUGACAAGAUGCAAGAGACUAUUAAUGAUCUUCAAACAGAAUUAUCCAGAGCUAAGUUCGAAAUUGCAUCAUUUGACCAGCGCUCCCGGUUAAAUAAUAUCGAAAUUAAGGGUGUUCCUAUAAAGAAAGAUGAAAAUUUAUUCUCGAUUAUUGAUGCGAUUGGCCGGAAAGUGAACUAUAGUUGCCCCAAAACCCUGAUUAAUUACGUCUCGAGGGUGCCCAUUUUCAAUUCUAACGAAAAACUUAUUGUCGUGGGCUUCUUGAACAGAUACGUCAAGGAGGACUUUAUAGCGGCCGCAAGAGCAGUAAAGGACCUGUCCACAACCGACAUUGGAUUUCAAGGCACAUCUCGGCGCAUAUUUGUCAAUGAUCAUCUUAGUGUAGAAUAUAAGAAGCUACUGAGUAAAACCAAAACUAUUGCCAAAGAAAAAAACUACGAAUUUAUUUGGGUGAAACAUGGCAAAAUUCACGUACUCAAAAACACCAACUCAAAGGUUCUAAUAGUGAGGAAAGAAUCGGAUUUAAACAAAAUUGCUUAAUAUGUUAUUUAUACUACAUUAUACAAUCAUCGCUACUACUUUGCUUUGUCAUAACUCAUUUCACUAUACUAAGUUGUUACAAAUUGUUUAGCACCUCUGCUACACUAAUGAACCGGUUACCAUUCUCUUGUUCGUUAGUAAAAAUUCCACUAUAUUGCUUAUCGCGCUGUUUACUUCAAUGCGUCAAAACUAAAAAUAUGCUUAACUCUUUCUUACCUGUACGAUCCAUACGUUAUUGCUUGUUUGCUCACACAGUUGUUUACCACUCAAAGUCGAAUAUUACCCUCACGCUAAUUAAACUAUUGGUAAUUUGCUUACAACAAACAUAUUUAUUUGUCUUCGACAUUGUAUCGGUUAUUCAUAUGCUUUUUAAACGACUUUUAUUGCUACUUUGUAAUGGUUUCUUUUUUGUUAUUGAUUUGAUGCGCAAUGGCAACUAAUGCGAAUGUAAGCUUAUACGGCCUAAACAUAUUCUAUCAGAAUGUUCGUGGUUUACGAACUAAAUCCGAUAUAUUCUAUCGUCAGAUGGCAGCUUGUACAUACGAUAUUAUUAUUCUCACGGAGACGUGGCUAUUGGAUGGAAUUUUGAACUCAGAGUUUUUUGAUGAAAGGUAUAUUGUGUGGCGCAGGGACAGGGAUUAUAUUUUAACUGGUCAAUCGCGCGGUGGUGGGGUGUUAAUAGCUACUCGUCGAGAAUUGUCAGUUACAUGUCAACAACAUUUUCAAUCAACAGCUGAAGAUCUCUGGAUAAGUAUGCAUUUGAAGGACUUUAAUACACGUAAGUAUAUUAACUUACAUCUUUGUGGGAUUUAUCUUUGUAAACAAAACCGUGGUCUUUCUUUUUCUUCACAGUUAACGAACUUUCUGUCCAAAUUAAAUACAUCUGUUAUUGAUAACUGUCCUGAUAAAUUUCUUGUUAUUGGCGACUUCAACAU